AAAAAACGAUUGCUGUUGAAUUAAGAACGCGAUUUUAUCAAAGCCUGUCGAUCAUUAAGUUAUUUGAUAGCACCAGUGGUUUAUGCCGUUAAAAACUCACCAAGUCUCAUUCGCAACUCGAAAGUCAAAGUUUUUGAAAGAGUGAAAGAAAACAAAGUGGGUGGAGCAAGAAAGAAGAUAAUGAUAGUGUGUUUGCAGAAAAUGGUGAAAGAGUGAAUGAGAGAGGGAGAGAGAGGGAGAGCUAAAUAGGUGAGAUGAGUGAGAAAGGUAAGGGAGAGGAAAGAGCGAGAGAGAGAGAUACAGCUUAGUUCAAAAUUAUUUCUUUGCCAUCCAAUUGAAGUAUAAAAUUAAUGAGUAUUGCCAUGAGUUCGUUUGUGAUGAACCCAGCGGCAUAUACGGCUGCUGCAGCCGCGGAGGAUGCUGCGAGUGGCGGCUAUUCAAGUUACUAUGAUGUUACGGGAAGUUCAUCUGGACUUGGUGGUGGUGGUGGUGGAGGUGGAAGUGUAAGUGUAAGUUCCAACAGUUCAAAUGUCAACACUUUUGGAUUCAAUCAUCAUUCCUCUUCCCAUCAUUCAUUCAAUCAUCACCAAAGUACACCGAUUCCCGGUUAUCAUACUCAUGUCAACGAUUCCCUUUCCAACUAUGGAUCACCUCACCAUCCGCACCAUCUCAACCAUUCUCAACAUUCCCUGCAAAAUCAUCUUCAAUCGCACCAUCAACACUUGACUCACCAUUCACCUGGACACCAUUCAUCGCCCCUUCACCCUCACCAUCCUCAUCAACAAUAUUAUGGAACCCAAAGUGUUCCCGGUGCUGGUCCCAUGGGAUCACUUGGUCAAAAUGUUUCACUUGGUUCAACCGAUUCUUCCCUUGAACCUUCACCAGGAAUUUUAACUCAUCCUCAUCACCUUUUAGCUACUUCAUCUGGUCUCCUAUCACACCAUCAUCAUCCCAAUGUUUCAUCACCUUCGCCCUCACCUAGUCAUCAACAGCAGCAACAACAACAAUCAUCUUCAUCUCUUCAUCAAACUGGAUCAAAUCAUCAACAAUUAGAUGUUAAAUCUAAUCUAUUAGACAUUCAAUCAAUGAGUGAUCCUCCCUCUCCACCGGACUGUGCAAUCUCAGGGAACAGCGGAAGUAAUUCAGGUGCUUCAGGUACUGGUCAACCCGUCAUCUAUCCUUGGAUGAAAAAAGCUCAUGAUAAUCAAACCACUCCAGGUUCAAAACGGACUCGUCAAACUUAUACCCGUUAUCAAACAUUGGAGCUUGAAAAGGAAUUUCAUUCAAAUAAAUAUUUAACUCGACGCAGACGAGUUGAAAUAGCUCAUACACUUCAUCUCACCGAACGACAGAUAAAAAUUUGGUUCCAAAAUCGACGGAUGAAACAGAAGAAGGAGCCAAAUGUACCUGACCUUUAUUUAGAGAAACAAUAUUUUCUAACUCAAACAUAACAUAACAUUUACAAAUGAAACUAUCCAACAUGACAUUGGUCAUGAGUUUCACAUGUAUUUCAAAAAUAU